AUGUCUUCUAACAAAUCCUCCCCAUCAAAUACUUCCUACGCACAGCGACCAAGCAAGUUUGCAGAACACAUUUUUGACAAGACCCAAGAAAAAAUCAACAAUCGUCUCUACCUCGUAGAGAAAAGAGAGCGGGAAAGAAAGGUCGUCCUAGCUUUCAAUCAAUGGAAACAAAAGUACCCCAAGCAAUGCAAUAAGCUUGAUUGGGAAGCUAGCUAUCAUGAUGUUGAUGAAGAAUAUGAUGAGAAUGAUGAAAACGAUGCUGAGCCCAUCCAGGUACAUUUGAAGGAAGACGAACCGAGGGCAGCACGCGAGUCGGAAGGAAAAGGCGGAAAACCGCUUGCAACUCCUGCCAUGAAGAGUCGCCGAGAAAAGGUGGCAAAACGUAUUGCGGAUGCGAAAAUGGCUAUGUGUUUUGGCUCGGUCACUCCAGAGGAGUAG